UAUGAAUUAUCAAUUUCAGAACAUUGAGCAACAGAGCCAAGAGAAUUCGUUAUUUGGAGACCAAGUGGAUUAUGUUCAAGAUCCUCUGUACUAUGACAAUGUAUUUGCUUUAAACUUUGGAACACCUGAGCAAAAGGAGAAUAGCCAAGAUCUAACAGACUGGAGCUGAUUUGGACAAGCCAACCCUGAUUCUGUCAGAGAUGUCAUUAAGAAGAAUAUGAUUACUUUCGAAUCGUUCUAUAAUCAAAAAGCCACUAAUGCAGAUGGACUUGAAGAACAAACCUCAACGAAUGCUCUUAAUGAGAAGAAAGUUUCGUUCCAUCACCCAGAGGCUCAAGAUACUUCUAACCAUGUCUUCUUGUCCGAUAAUGAGCUAGAAGCUUCCUUGAGAGUUGACCAAGAAUUGCUUCAAGAGGAAAAUUUGUUAACUUUGAGAGAAGAUACGGUUAACAGAACUAAGAGGAGAGCUGAUAUGGAGAUCAAGAAAGCUUGUCGAAGAAUAAAACAAUUUUACAAAGUCUUGUUCAAAUCUCAGAACCCUGAGAUUAUCAAGAGAAGAUACAUUAACUGCGAUUCACAAGUAAUACUUCAAUCAAUGAAAGAGACUUUACUUACUAUUCUCCCUGAAGAUGAUGUGACAGAUGAACUAACCUACUUUACAAUCGGGAUCUGAGGAAUUAAGCAAUCAUUUGAGCUUGAGUGAUUGGAAGAGACUGAAAAAGAUAUCUAUAGCUAUUCAGAAGCGGCUAAAAGGUUCACAAUGCUCAAAUUCAAAUUGUGAUUAAACUCAACUAAUCUCCAAACCUUGUGAAGAGGAUUCAUCUCUCAAAACGAGGGGGAUUUAUCAGAUAUCCUACAAAAAGCUUUAGACAAAGCUAGCUCUUCAACUUAA